AUGGAUGAGGAUUGCACCGCAUCUCUCUUCCCUCUCAUCAUCCUCUCAGUCCACAGCAGCCACAGGCCACACGCACCGCGCGGCAUCUGGGCGACCACCAUUAGGAUGGCUGCGGGCCAAUCGGAAUGUAAAAUCGGUGGGAACCCUUUUUUCCCGUGUCUGCGUACUGCCGCCGUGCUUCUUCAUUCUUCAUUUCGUCAUUGUGUAUGCAGUGCGCGUAUGAUUUUGCUGUUUCUUGUGCUGUGCCGACCCAUCGGUCAUACUAGCAGCGUCAGUGGUCAUGUUUGUUUUUGCCUGGGCCCCGCUACUUGGCACGGUGGCUCUGUGGGGCUGCGUGGGCGGUGGGAGGGCGAUGGUGUUACUGAUUUGAUUGCGUCUGCGCUGCUUUGUGUCAGUGGCCGUGGUGGGGAUCGUCUGUGGCCGGAUGCUUCUGCGUGCCACUGUGUUUAUUAG